AAUGGAAAAUUUAUUAUUUAUAAACAGUAUUUAUUCAUUUUUGUAUAAAUACGAAAAUAACUUUUUGUCUGCUGCCAAUGUUGUCAACGUUGUUCCCUAUGUUGUUAUUAUGAGAAGAGCUCUUUUAACCGUUGGUAGUAACGUCCGACCCUUAUUGUGUUCAUUCUUAAUAGUGCUCCUACAUAAGUUACUUGAAUCUGCGUAUUCUUACUUCAGUGAUUAUUACUCAGCAGUUAUAUUUACGGAUAUUCAUAAAAACUACGUAGAAGAAACUGCUCUGGGCUGGCCACUAGAGAACGAUUUCAGUGGCUUUCUCAGUAAAUAUAUACCAUCACAGCCUAUUAUAGCGAGUUUUAAUUCAAACCCUGAAGAUUAUGCCAUUGGAAGAAUCUCCGAAGACGUUAGCCAAGAAGCAUUACAAACUAUUAGAAUCGCUUCUCAAUUAGCUGAGAAAGGAAAAGGAGAGAGAGCCUCUAAGCUAUUCGAGCAUGCUGUUUCUUUAGAUAGUCAUCAGCCUGAGGUAUUGAAUGAAUAUGGAGUUUUUUUGGAGAGAAAUAAAAAUGAUAUUAUCAGGGCAGAACAUAUGUAUUGUAAAGCGUUACAGUAUAACUCCAGUCAUGAAGCUGCAAUAGCAAAUAGGAGAAGGGCUUCGCCUAUUGUUGCUAAACUAGAUAAAGCAAUGUUUCAAAGAAUAAAAAGAAAAAAAGAAGUUCUUCUUAAAGCAUUAAAUAAAAAAGAUAACAUUGUAGUUUUACAAAAAGCUCAUCACGAACUCUUUCUACAACAUAUACAUCAUACUGCAGCUUUAGAAGGCAAUACAUUUAGUAUAGAUCAAGCUCGAGUCCUAAUGGAAACUGGUAGGGCAAUUGGGGGUAAAAGUGUUGCAGAACAUAACGAAUUACUAGGACUUGCUGAAGCUCUGUUGUAUAUUAAUUCUACCCUAUUGAAGAAAAUAGGAAAUUUCAACGUACAAGACUUGCUAGAUUUACAUCAACAUAUUAUGGGUCACGUUGAUCCUAGAACGGCUGGUCAGAUACGUAAUAAACAAGUAUUUGUAUCAAAGCAUAUACCUCCGAAAACAAAGCUCGUACCUGCCCUAUUAGAGGAUCUUGUUCAAUGGAUAAAUAAUAAUCUAAGAUCAGGAAUGCCAGAUAUUAAACUUUCUGCCUUAAUCCAUUAUAAAUUAGUUUAUAUACACCCAUUUUUGGACGGCAAUGGUCGAACAGCAAGACUCUUAAUGAACUCCAUUCUUCUAGGUUCUGGAUAUCCUAUUGUAAAUAUAGGAUUAAAUGACAAGCAUGAAUAUUAUACGUUAUUACAAGCUGCCAACGACGGUGAUGCUCGACCGUUUAUACGCUUUAUAGGCAGAUGUACUGAAAGAACACUCAACGAUCUUCUGUGGUUGAUAUCGGAUGAAGUAAAAAGACCUUUGGCUCGUUCUCUUAUUGAUAGUCGUGAAGAAAGAAGUAUUCAGGAAAGAAAAGAUGACAAGGAUAAAAUAAGAGAAUUACUUUUAGAGCCUGACGAUGACAAGCGAUUUCAAAAUUUCAGAGAAGGCAAAGAACACUAUACAGAUUUAGAACUUUUAGGGAAAACUCUAGGAACAACACCAAAGUAUGAAGAAACAAUAAAUUUAUCGGAAGUUAAAGACGAUCGUGUAAGAGGAUAAGUUCCUUCUCAAACCUAUAAGGAAAGUGUAAAAAUAAUAUGAAAUAUUCUUUCAUCCUUUAUCUGUCUUUCUAAGCAACUCUUAUCUAUACCAAUUUCAUAUAUCACAUCUAUAUCUACAUAUAUAUAUAUAUAUAUUUCUCUAUCUCUCCCUUGCUCAUUCUGUGUAUGAUUAUUUUCAACCAACUUUCACUUGCACAUUUUUAACUAUUGUGCCAUCAAUUAUUCUCUACACAAAGAUUCUCAUACUCUACUCUUAUUUUAUAUAAGAGAAUGUAAACGGCAUGGUUCAAACAAGAAACGAAGAGAGAUAGAGAUGUACUAGGAAAUUUAAGCUGCAGAUUAUAUUAUCACAAUUAUCUUAAUAUUUAUUCUUUUUGUAAUCAAUCAAUAUGGAGAUUUCAUGUAAUUUAUAAUUAUUUAAUUGAUAAUUUUAAACAUAA